UGAUCGACGAUCAUUGACCCAGUCCAGUUCCGCUGCAUAUCUCUAUUUUAUACUCAACAAAGACCAAAUUGGCUUUAAUGCAGAGGGGUUGAUACAUAUUCAUGUGCCAUCUACAUUCCACCAAGAUGUCUUGCCCUACAGUUCUGUCAAGCUACCGGCAUCUAACCUCUACAUUCAAAGGCACAGCUGCAGCCUUCUUAUAUGGUGUCUGUUCUGUAUCCAUGGCAUUCAUAAACAAAACAUUAAUGACCACAUUUGAAUUUGAUUAUCCUGUCUUCAUCAUGGUCAUGCAGAUGCUUUUCACAAUCGGUGUCUUGGAACUGUUAAGCUAUUUAAAACUGAUACAUUUACCUAGAUACACCAUAAAGCGGGGUAAGAUGUUUCUUCUUCCAGCUUUGUUUUAUGGUGUUAAUUCGAUUUUGGGACUUAAUGCACUGGGACACAUGAAUGUGGCUAUGUAUGGAGUGCUAAAACGAUGUGUACCCUUAGCCACCAUGUUUCUGUCCAUUCUGAUUCUAAAGAAGGGCUUUCCCUCCAGAAACACCAUCACAGCCGUGCUGCUCAUUACAGGGGGAUGUGUGAUAGCAAGUUAUGGUGAUCUAAAGUUUAACAUAUACGCCUACACAUGUGGAGCCCUGAGUAAUCUGACCCACUCCCUGUACCUCCUGCUGGUCCAGAAGGUCACAGAAAAGGACCUGAGCACUGUGGAAACCCUACAACUCAACAGCUUCAACACUCUGCCCUUCCUCACCGUCUACAUGGUUGUCAGUGGUGAAGUUAGUGAGGUGACACAGUACAACCAAGCCAAGAGCGUGUCAUUUGUUGUGCUGUUUUUUGUGACUAUAAGUAUAGGAUGUUUAUUAAACUACUCACUGUUUUUAUGUACAAGUUUGACCUCAGCAUUAACAACCAGUGUGGUAGGUGGGGUGAAAGCCCUCUUUCAGACAUUACUUGGGAUGUUUACAUUUGGUGGUAUCAGUCACAACUUGUCAACUUACAUAGGGAUCACAAUAAACAUGUCGGGGAGCAUCAUGUACUUGUAUGCUAAGUUCUUGGAAAGCAAGAAGCGAGCAAGUAUGGGUGGGGUACUUCACAAAGUCAUCAGUGUGUCGACUGCAGAAGAUUUCAAAGAUCUGGUUAAUGAGAAUGGAACCACAAAAUAUUUAAAAGAAGCAUACAGCCUUGAGCGCCUACAUCCAAUUAAAGAAGAGAACUUGGAUCACAAUUCCAUACCAAUAGAAUCAUCAGAUGAUAAAGUAUCUUUUAACACCGACAGCUGACAACUAAUGGUAUACCCAAAGUCUAUGAGAACGAAAUGUUAUAGACACACAUUCCAAAAUUCUCAGUGAAAAAACGUAUUAAUGAAAUUUAAUUUAGUUGUUUUAAGAGUAUCUUUUCAGUUUUCCUUUAUUUUAUAAAUUGAUAGGUGUUUGUCUUGAAUUUUAUUAGGUCACUUGAGACAAAGCCUCAAGUGACCUAUUGCGAUUGUCUUUUGUCCGUCGUG